UUGUGUAUUACAUCAUGUUAUCAAGAGGGGCUUCCUGAGAGAUGCUGUAAUCACAGAGCUGGCUAACUCUCAUGACCUGACAGCAGGGCGGAGAUUAACAGGCUUUUUAAAUCUAUUCUUCGAUCGCUUUGAGCUUUGGCCAACACUGAGUGAGAUGAUCGAAACCUCCAAGCCCCAUCAUGUUUGACUGAUCUUUCCCACAGGAUAACAACAACUGCUAUCUGCAGAAAUGUGCUGAUCUAUCUCCUGUUGCUCUUGAACUCCUGAAGCUUUGCCAACGAGGUCUAUUCAUUCCAUGGAAGAGGAGAGAUCUUUGUAGCCCCAGCGAAAACAUUGUUUAUUUUGAGCAGCAAUCUCAACGUUUUCUUGAUUCCAAGGAAAUACAGAUUUUAGCUUUUUGUGUGGUGGUACAUGUGAGAGGUUGAAAGUGUUUCUCCAACGUGUCCUCCAGAAACUCAGACUGUUUUCCAAAGCAGACGAGUCUCAACCCUCUCCUACAGCAGAGAUGGGAAGUGUGAGAUCACACCGGUAUAGCAUAGUUUCCUCUGAGGAAGGCAGGGUAAAGCUGUCCCCCAUCGCCGUGCAGAAUGGCUACGGGAAUGGAAAUGCGGGUGGCAAAGUGCACACACAUCAGCAAACACAAACCCGCUUCGUCACCAAGGAUGGACACUGCAAUGUGCAGUUUAUCAACAUGAGUGAAAGAGGUCAACGCUACCUGGCGGACAUCUUCACAACGUGCGUUGACAUCCGCUGGCGUUGGAUGAUGGUCCUCUUCUGCCUCUCCUUUCUGCUAUCCUGGCUGCUUUUCGGACUUAUAUUCUGGUUCAUUGCCCUUUCAUCCGGUGACUCAGACAAUCAAGAACAGAUAUGCAUUUCGAACGUUGACAGCUUCACAGCAGCUUUUCUGUUUUCUGUGGAGACACAAACAACUAUUGGUUAUGGCUACCGAUAUGUAACGGAGGACUGCCCCUUUGCUGUCUUCAUGGUGGUUUUCCAGAGCAUCUUGGGAUGCAUCAUCGAUGCCUUCAUCAUUGGUGCGGUCAUGGCUAAGAUGGCCAAGCCUAAGAAAAGAAACGAAACUCUUGUGUUCAGUCACUAUGCCACAAUAGCCAUGAGGGACGGUAAACUGUGUCUAAUGUGGAGGAUCGGGAACCUCCGGAAAAGCCACCUGGUGGAAGCUCACGUUCGUGCCCAGCUGCUCAAAUCCCGCACCACCAUUGAAGGUGAGUUCAUCCCGCUGGAUCAGAUAGACAUUGAUGUCGGAUUCGACACUGGCAUUGACCGCAUAUUUUUAGUGUCUCCCAUUACCAUCGUGCAUGAGAUUGAUGAGGACAGUCCUCUGUAUGAGAUGAGCAAACAGGAACUGGAAAGUUCAGAGCUGGAGAUAGUGGUGAUUUUGGAGGGCAUGGUGGAAGCUACGGCCAUGACCACUCAGUGUCGCAGUUCUUAUGUGUCGAGCGAAAUCCUGUGGGGCCAUCGCUUUGAGUCGGUCCUUUUUGAGGAGAAAAACCAUUACAAGGUGGACUACUCACGCUUCGAGAACACCUAUGAAGUUCCCAGCACGCCUCAGUGCAGCGCUCGAGAUUUGGCUGAAAAUAGGUACAUCAGGUCCAGCUCCAACUCCAACUCUUUUUGUUAUGAGAAUGAAGUAGCCUUCAUGGAUAAAGAGGAAACGGAGGAUGAUGACGAUGAUGAUGAUGAUGAAAAAGUCCAGAGGAAUAUCAGAAGGGACAGUGUGGCCUUGGAAGGAUCCAAUACCGAUGAUGUCAAAAGCACAGCUUCCAGUCAGGAUACUUUAUCGAUACAACUCAAACUUUUAAGACAACAGCCUGAGUUAUAACUGCUUUUAAAAAAGAUGCAUGGUACAGUAUAUGGUGUGUAUGGUGUACAGCAUAAGAAAGUCUGUUUUGCUGCUGUUUUGAGAGUAAUAUUUUGCCAGUGGUUUGAGAGGAACACAAGAUUGGGUUGCAGAUGUCUUGUAACCUGUACUUGCGCUUGUUAUCUAAGAAGACAAACAUCAACUUUCAAAUCUAUUUUGACAGUCUAUAUGCAAUCAAUUAUGAUAUAGACAAGAACAGCACACAAUGUAGAUAACAUAAAAUCUGCUUCAAACUGAGAAUAGAUUACACUACACAA